UGUCACUCUCCUUACAAAUGCUGACUGAGGUCAUCAAAGCGCAUAGAUGACGCCACGACUGCAAAACCCCCACACCCACCACAGAAAAAGGCAGAGUUCCUCGAUUUAUUUCUCCAAUCUGGAAAAAAAGAGAUAUCUCCAAAGCCUGCCCAGUUACAACCCCAACUCAUCCUUCUCCCAACCUAUCCAAGUAAACAAAACAUGCCCUACCUCAAACUCCGCGACGGCGCCGAGCUCUUCUACAAGGACUGGGGCAACCCGGCCGGCCCCGUCGUCACCUUCUCGCACGGCUGGCCUCUAUCCAGCGACAACUUUGAGAACCAGAUGUUCUUCCUCGCAGAGAACGGCUACCGAGUCAUCGCACACGACCGGCGCGGCCACGGGCGGUCCACCCAGACCUGGCAGGGAAACAACAUGGAGACCUUUGUCGACGACCUCAAGGAGCUCUUUGACCACCUGAACAUCAACGACGCCGUUAUGGUCGGCCACUCGCAUGGCGGCGGCGAAGUGACGCGGUUCCUGGGCAAGUUUGGCACCGGUCGCCGUGUGAAGAAGGCCGUCCUCAUCGGGGCCGUGCCGCCUCUGAUGGUCAAGACGGCUGCGAAUCCCGAGGGCACGGAAAAGGCAGUCUUCGACUCGUUCCGCGAGGCGAUGCAGCGCGAUCGCGCGCAAUUCUUCCUCGAUGUCCCCACGGGCCCGUUCUUCGGGUUCAAUCGCCCCGGGGUCAAGGCGAGUCAGGGACUCAUCCAGAGCUGGUGGAGGCAGGGGAUGAAUACGAGCUUCAAGACGGCGUACGACUGCAUCAAGGACUUUUCCGAGACGGACUUUACGAAGGAUCUGAAGAGUAUUGAUAUUCCAGUUCUAGUUCUUCAUGGCGACGAUGAUCAGGUUGUUCCUUUCCAGGCCGCUGGAGCCAAAGCGGCGAAGCUGUUGCCCCAGGGGAAGCUCAAGGUUUAUCCUGGGGGCUCGCAUGCGAUUCACAAUAUCAAUGUGGAUGAGGUGAAUCAUGAUAUACUUGGUUUUAUUCGGUCUUAGACUACCCUCCGUCAAUGAAAUUUGCCUGGCUCCAUGGCAUAUAAUGAAUUCGCGCAUCCCCCAGUUGGAGGGCUAAUGGUCG